AUGUCGAAUAUAAAAGACGAGUCCAAAUCGGAUAACACUGCUUCUGAGGAUGACUUGGAGGAAGAGGAGGUGCGUUCUUUUAAAUUACCUGAGUACUUCCCUAUAACGCGCAAGACAAAAUCCAAACUCCGUUCCUUGACAGCAUGGAAAACAGGUAAUAGGAGAGAAAAAAUGAGGCAUAAAUGUAUGGAUUGCGUUAAAAAGGCGACUGAAGGCUACAUUAGUAUUGUUUUGGAGAAGAAUGCCGAGAGAUUGGCGAAUAAAGAUAUGACCAAAAGUGAAUUUGAUGAGGCUCGAAGGAAACUAUAUAAACAAGAUUUGGAGAUCAACAGGUUGAGAACCAUCAUGAAGAACAUAAAGGAUACUGAUGUAAAAGAUGUCAAUUUCAUCUAUGCUUUUGGAUCGAUGAAGGCAGAUAUUAUGGAGAGAGAUGAGCCUGCGUUGACGAUAAGCAACAUGCCAUUGUACCAGCGCGUCUCUUCAGGAGCUCAAGACCAAGUGUAUGACCACUUAAAGUCAAAAUUGCGAUCUGGCAUGGUUUCGGAAAACGCGGACACACAAGCUGUAAAGGACUAUAGGGAUUUUGAGCAUCAGCUGUUUGUUACUAUAAACCCAACGGAGCCUGUUCCAUUUCUGCAUGACGUCAGCGAAGGAGAUAACGAUAUAGAGGUUGAAGGCGGAAAAGUCAGUCUUCUAUGUCCAAUAUCGCAUGAUUUAAUAGAGGAUCCCGUCAUAAAUCCCAAAUGUGGACAUACUUACGAUAAAACAUCCGUGGCAAACUACCUCAGGAACUCGAAUCAAUGCCCUGUGUGUCCUACUGAAUUGCGCAGACAAGACUUAAUUGAGGACAAGCUCAUGAAGCAGAGACUUGUAUGCUACGCUCGUGAUGUUAAGAUCUUUAAGGAGAGAAACAUCAAGAUGGACGAGGCCGAAGAUAAACUUUAG